AUGACUCAAUUGAAUGAUAUUGACUUUGACGUUAGCGAAAUUUCAUCAAUUGAGGACCAUUUCACAUUCGUUGAAAAUAUUGGCAAAGGAACGUACGCCACGGUGUCAAAAUGUAUAGAUAAAGCCACAAAUAAACCGGUUGCUUUAAAAGCAAUCAAAAAGGUUACAGAUGAAGACGGAUUCACUAAAACAACACUUCGAGAAAUUCGCUUGCUUCAAAAAUUAAACCACGAAAACAUCGUUAAAUUGCAAAAAGUUUUAAUUUGCAAAGGCACAAUUUAUCUUGUUUUAGAAUAUUGUCAAUAUGAUUUAAGUGCUCUUCUUCAUCGCAAAAACGCACCUCAUCUUUCAGAACGUUUCAUAAAAUGCAUACAAUUUCAACUUAUGGUUUGCUUACGAUAUCUUGACACGCAAAGGGUUAUCCACCGCGAUUUAAAGCCAGCCAAUUUAUUUAUUACUGAAAAUAAUGUUCUCAAAUUGGGAGAUUUUGGCUUAGCUCGAGAUAUAAUGUUAAAUAAGCGCUUCACAUCAAAGGUUAUUACUCAGUGGUAUCGUCCUCCAGAACUUCUCUUCGGAUGCUCUGAAUAUGGAAUUGAAGUCGAUAUCUGGUCGGCUGCUUGCAUAUUUUAUGAGAUCAUCACAAAGAAGCCUCUGUUUUAUACACAAGAUACUAAUAAUGAGCUUGCACAAUUAAUUAGAAUUUUCAAAAUUUGCGGUAUGUCAGAAGAAUCACGUUUUAUGGGAUAUGAUCUUUGGAGAAUGAUACAACCACACUUAUCGCAAUUUCCUCCACCAUCAAACCUCAAAAUUUACUUAGAAAAAACAAUUCCUAAAAAUUACCACGAGAUUAUUAACCUUCUGCUCGCAAUGCUUCGCUUUAAUCCUAAAAAGCGUCCUACUCCUUCUGCUAUUCUUGACCAAUACUUCACACACGCUGAUAUUAAUUACAUUGAAUACCUCGAUCCAUAUCAAUUGGAUAAACUUACUCUUCCGGAGAUGCAUGGCAGUUCAAGUAAAAGCGAUAGAGAGAAAGAAAAAGAAGCCGAACAGCAAAAACAACUUCCCAGCCAAAAUGAAGAAGCUGAAAAGCAUAAAUCAGAAAGCCAACCAAAGGAAGAUAUUAAGCGCCCAGAGAAACCUGAAUUACAGUAA